CACAGACUCUUCAACGUCCCAGCCUCAUCAUCUUCUUCUUCAUCGAUGGCAAAGGGUUGCGCCACCAACACAUAUGAAGAGGCUCGAAAGCAACGGCUUGAAGAAAACAGAAAAAGAUUCGAGGAUCUGGGGAUUUCAAAAAUUUCAAAGAAUUUAUCUGAACUCGUCACACCAGAGAAGAAGGCUCCCCCGCAACGUCGACCAAAACAAAAAUCAAAUAGUAAUGAUGUCGUGGAACCAAGACGCUCUUCUCGCGUGCGAAAUUCUGUUCCUUCAUAUCGUGAGGAGGUAUUCAUAGGUCUUCCACCUUUGCGGAAGAGGUCAAGGUCGUCUUCAUCAUGGGGAAGUUAUGUUGCAAGGCCACUAGAUGAAAUCAAAGAAGCCACAGAUGAAGAAAGAAAUCGUGCUUUCAUGGCCGCAGAAACACUUCUAAGCGAUUUACAGACUUCAAAUCCAGCAUUUAUUAAGUCAAUGGUCCGGUCUCAUGUUUAUAGUUGCUUUUGGCUGGGUCUCCCUAAUAGAUUUUGCCACGACCAUCUUCCUAAGACUACGUGUGACAUGAUUUUAGAGGAUGAAAAUGGCUCAGAAUUUGAGGCUGUUUUCCUUGGCAAUAGAACUGGGCUCAGCGGAGGGUGGAGAGGAUUUGCAUUGGAUCAUAAGUUGGAUGAUGGUGAUGCACUUGUUUUUGAAUUAGUUGAACCUACCAGAUUUAAGAUUUACAUUGUCAAAGCCUUUCCAGAAUCAGCUGAAGAUGGACAAGAGAUUUUGGAUGAACAAGUUGAUACUUGUGCAACCAAGAAGCACAAACCACAAUCAAACAAGACAAAAAUUCUUAAACAAGGUAUUGUGCAUGAAACUAAAGAAUCUGCAAAUUCUCAGGAAUACAUUGCAGAAAAUAAUGCAGACAAUGGAAUCGAGCCACAAGGGCUAAACACAACCAGGAAAACUAGGUUUUCUCAGAGAAAAUCUCAGAAAGAAUCUAAAGAUUGUAAACUGCUUCCUUCUGAUGGUUCUAUAAAGGAAGAAAACAUUGAACAAGGGAAAAAUUGUACUACUAAGAAAGCAACUUCUCAAGCAAACAAAACAAGGUCAAAACGUGGUACACGAAACAAAUGACUCAGGAACAGGUGUGAAGCUAGAAAGUAACACUAAAAUGAAGUCAACACAGAUGUGGCUGACCCUGGUAAAAUGGAAUUAGUUUAGCAUGUUGGCAGUGAGUUAAAGUACUACAAAGUACAACCAGUUGAAGCAGGCAAAUUGGGUUGUACUAAACCCAACUAAACAACCUGUUUGUAAGUUCCUCAGAAAGAAGCCAUAGCCCUAGAGAGUAUAAUGGAGGCCCAAAUUUUGUGUAAUGAAAUGCAGAUAUAUGGAUGAAGCAUCGGUAGACAUAGGUAGGGAAGUAGUCAUUAUUUUGUGUUGACUGAUAUAAUUUAAAGAAAGCUUUGUAUGUUUUGUUGGUAACGUGCACUACUUCCUUCUAUUCUGUUUUUCCUUUUCCAAUGUUGGCAGUCUUUGUUUUCUUAUACUCUGUUGCAAUUUUCUUUUCUUUUUUGUCUAAAUAACA